AUGAUCAAAUCAAGCGAUUACAAACGCGUAUUUGAUCACUUCGACAUAGAUGGCAACGGCAUGAUAUCUCCAUCAGAGCUGCAACACGGUGUUGGAUUGAUCUGGAACGAGGAGAUUUUACUCGAAGAGGUAGAAGUUGUUGUGGAAUCGACACAGGGAAACAACAGGCAAUUAGGGUUUGAAGAUUUUGUUAGUUUAAUGGAAAGCGAGAAGGAAGAUGAGAAGCUUGAGGACUUGAGCAAAGCGUUCAGAAUGUAUGAAAUGGAUGGAACUGAUUGCAUAACUCCCACGAGUUUAAACCGGAUGCUAAAUCGACUCGGUGAGUCGAGAAGUGUGGAUGAGUGUGCUGGGAUGAUAAGUCGGUUUGAUCUUAAUGGUGAUGGAGUUCUUAACUUUGAUGAAUUCAAACAAAUGAUGCUUUGA